GGAACAACGCAUAUUCAACUUCCGGUAGAAAUGCACAUGGUGUCGAGAAAGAAAACAAUCUUGAGAUGAGACCACUAACAGAUGAAGAAACGAAAAUCUUUUUCGAAAAACUUUCUAAAUACAUUGGUGAAAAUAUUAAGCUGUUACUAGAUCGUCCUGAUGGGUGUUACUGUUUUAGAUUACACAGGGACCGAGUGUUUUAUGUCAGAGAAGACAUGAUGAAACAUGCUGGGAAUGUUUCAAGGAAAAACCUUAUAAGUUUUGGAUCCUGCUUCGGGCGAUUCUCGAAAGGUGGUAAAUUCAGAUUGCAUAUUACUGCUCUGGAUUUUCUCGCUCCAUAUGCCAAGUACAAGGUUUGGUUGAAGCCGAGCGCUGAGCAGCAGUUUGUAUAUGGCCACCAUGUAAUGAAGUCAGGCCUGGGGAGAAUAACAGAAAAUACACCACAGUACCAAGGUGUUGUUAUAUAUAACAUGAACGAUCUACCGCUGGGCUUUGGAGUCGCAGCCAAAUCAACACAAGAAUGCCGACACACUGAUCCAAUGACACUUGUUGCUUUUCAUCAAGCAGACAUUGGGGAAUUCAUCAGAAAUGAGGAUAAUUUAGUGUAGCGAUUUUUUUUGUGUGGGAGGGGAUGGGAAUACAUUUACAUAAGGGGACAGAUUUUACAUGUAAAAUAAUGAUAUACAGACGUUCAAAUGAUAUUUUCUGGAAAAUCGUUAAAUUACUGAAGUGAUCAUACAGUGCAGUCUUAGAUAAAAUUAACUUAAUGAAAAUUUCUUACACCUUAUGUACCAAGGGAUGGGGGCAGUACACGUAUUACAGUUGUUUUGAAAUUCAUUUGUUGGAUAAAUUCAUAGUUGUCAUUAAAACUGCUUUUAAAAAUUUUA